AUUUUCGGUUUCUUCCUUUUUAUUUUGUCUCGUGUGCUCCUUCUCUUAAGCGGUACGCUGGAAAACAGAAAGGACAUUCCCACAUGGAAAAUCUCAGGAGGAAGAAGGGCCCUGCCUUUUUGUCAUCUUCAAUUAGUCCCUCUCUUUCACUCUCUCUCUCUAGCUCAGGCAAUCAAGAGCAACCAUUCCCCGACCUUUAUCAGGAACAGUCCAGGCCUUUUUUCAUGUCCGUUUAUGUCUGAUCGAGAGAGACAGAAAGAGAUCGUAUUUUACAAUGAGAAGCAUAACAUCUUGUUACAACGAACACGCCGUUCGAAUAUCAGACUCAUAUUGUUCGGGGCCUUCAAACCAGGCCUACCUCUGUCCGAAACAGAGUCUUUCCGUUCGAGAAUCAAUCACCUGCACAUACAGAGUCAACGUCUCCUCGCAAAAACAGAUUCUGAUCACGCUAAACUGGACCAAGAAACUCACGGGGCAAGGCUUUAGCAUAGCUAUCAGCAACACCAACUCCACUUCUCACGCCAAUUCUAUGCAACUAGGGAAGAACAAAGGCAACGAAACCUUCCAAAUCCACGAUUUCAAAAUCCAAGUCCAGUGGGAUCUCUCAGAUGCUAAGUACGACUCAGGGCCGGAGCCAGCGAGCGGGUUCUAUGUCAUCGUCCAUGUGGACUCGGAACUGGGUCUACGUCUCGGAGACAAGGAAGAGGAAUCAUCGGGAGAGGUGAAAGCAGGAAUGGCAGGGGCAAACUCUUCCAUGGUUUGUCGGAGAGAGCGAUUCUCCGGGGGCAACAUUUAUUCGACGAAGGCACAAUUCUGCGAAACAGGAGCGGUCCACGAGAUAGUAAUAAAAUGGGUGAUGGGGGAAGAAGGGUCCAGGUCGAAGGGCCAUGUGCUGUGCGUGAGUAUAGACAAGAAGACGAUAUUGGAAGUGAAGAGAGUGCGGUGGAAUUUCAGAGGGAACCAGGCGAUAUUCUUGGACGGAUUGUUGGUGGAUAUGAUGUGGGACGUUCAUGAUUGGCUAUUCAAGGCCAGCAACAGGAGUGCCGUGUUCAUGUUCAGGACAAGAAGUGGCAUGGACAGCAGGCUGUGGUUGGAGGAGAAGACUAUAGGGGCACUCAAGGAUCCCCACAGAAUUGGCUUCUCUCUGCUCUUGUGUGCCUGUAACGACGACCCUGACUGAGCACUCAUUGUUCCACCCCUUCCAUCCUCUUGUUCUUCUCUUUACAUAUCUCUUCCCUGUGGUUCUUUUGUUGUUUCCCCCCGUUUGUUUGAUUUACUCCAUGGCUUUGAAGAAUCCAAAGUACCGGCUUCCUCUUCU